AUGUCUGCCGAUAAUAAAAUCACUCCACGAGAUACCACGAUGACGUUCACCUGUUUUGUGCUGUUUGAUAUGUGGAACGCGUUGAGUUGUAGAAGCUCGAGAAAAAUGAUCUGGCAGAUAGGACUAUUCAGGAAUCGAAUGUUUUGCAUCGCAGUCGGUGCCUCACUCGUCUGCCAAUUGCUCGUCAUUUUCUGGUCUCCAUUGCAGCAUGUUUUCCAAACGGAAGCACUCUCCCUAGUUGAUCUGCUGUUGCUGACAACGAUGACGUCUUCUGUUUUCAUUUUUAACGAGACAAAAAAAUAUUUUGGCCUUCGGCGGACAAGUACCCCAUCGAUAGCCAAGACUGAUAAUGUCUUGUGA